AUUUGGCCAAAGAACAGAAAGUGGAUCAUUUUGUGAAUCUGCUCUUUUCGACUGAGUUCACAGAUCGGAAAACAAAGGUAUAGUGAAUAAGUAUCAACCGGACCGUAUGAACAAGAAGAAGGCUUGGUGGUUGAUUACACGUCGAUCCUUUUCCCUUUCAUAUCGGUUCGAUCGGAACAAAUUUCGAAGGCAUAUAUAGAAAAAUUGAUCGACCAAGAGAGCGAGAAACAAAAUAGAGAGACAAGCCGUAGUUUUAUUUAUUGUAGACCAUUGGAUUGUAAUAAAGCCGUGUCGCAAUGUUGUCAAAAGCUUAGGGAGUAGGUUGGGAGAAAAAUGACUUUGCUUAGGAGAGAAGUUGCUAUACUGUUUGCUCAAUGUCAAAGCUCAAAACGUUAAUGUUUUUCAUUAAAAACGAAAAAGCUAUGAACAUCACAUUCAGUCAAGAACAAGAAGAAGAGGAAAUCAUCGAGCCUCCUUCCGGUGAAGGAGCUGAUGAGGAGUCCAGUCUGACAAUGACGACGUACUGGUCUGCUGUAGAGCGGUUACCUACCUAUUCCAGAACAAGGAGAGGAAUUCUACUCGGCCAAGGUCAAGAGGAGGACGGUGAAAGCAGAGAGAUUGAUAUCAAGAAGAAUCUUGGACUACGAGAGAGGAAGACUUUGUUGGAGAGGCUGGUGCAGACUGUUGAGCAAGAUAAUGAAAAGUUGUUGCGCAAGAUCAAGGACCGCAUGAAUAGAGUUGGACUUGAAUUUCCAACAACUGAAGUGCGGUUCGAACAUUUAAAUGUUGAAGCAGAGGCUUAUGUAGGAACCAGGGCGUCGUCACCUACAGUGUUCAACUUCUCCAUCAAUAUGUUAGAGGGGUUCCUGAAUUGUUUUCACAUUCUUCCAAGUAAAAAGAGAGCAUUUCCAAUCCUUCAUGAUGUAAGUGGGAGCAUCAAGCCAAGAAGAAUGACACUUCUUUUAGGGCCACCUGGCUCUGGAAAGACCACGUUCUUAUUGGCGUUGGCUGGAAAACUGGGUAAAGCUAAUCUAAAAUUUUCGGGGAGAGUUACAUACAAUGGAAGUGAGAUGGAUGAGUUUGUAUCAGACAGGAUGUCAGCUUAUGUUACUCAACACGAUCUACAUAUUCCAGAACUGACAGUGAGAGAGACACUGGCUUUUGCAGCUAGAUGUCAAGGUGUUGGACCACGUUAUGAAAUGUUGGUGGAAUUAUUAAGGAGAGAAAAGGCUGCAAAUAUUAUGCCAGAUCUUGAUCUUGAUCUCUACAUGAAGGCAGCAGCACUAGAAGGACAGGAAGCUAAUAUAGUUACAGACUUUAUUCUUAAGAUUUUGGGACUUGAAGAUUGUGCUGACAUUAUGGUAGGAGACGAAAUGACCAGAGGUAUAUCUGGUGGACAGAAAAAGAGACUCACCACAGGGGAGAUGCUGGUUGGACCAGAAAGAGUCCUUCUGAUGGAUGAAAUAUCCAAUGGGCUGGACAGCUCAACAACAUUGCAAUUAGUGAAAUCACUACAACAAUAUGUCCACAUUCUGAACGGAACUGCAUUAAUCGCUCUACUGCAGCCAGCACCGGAGACAUACAAUCUCUUUGAUGAUAUAAUUCUCCUCUCGGAUGGCUACAUCGUUUAUCAGGGUCCACGUGAGAAUGUUCUUGAGUUCUUUGAGUACAUGGGCUUCAAAUGUCCAGAGAGGAAAGGAGUUGCUGAUUUCCUGCAAGAGGUGACAUCAAGAAAAGAUCAAGAGCAAUACUGGGCUCAUAGGGAUAGGCCUUAUAGAUUUGUAACAACCAAGGCAUUCUCUGAAGCAAUGCAGUUAUUUCACAUCGGUAGAAAAGUUGGUGAUGAGCUUUCUAUUCCAUUUAACAAGUCCGAAGGCCACCCUGCUGCAUUGUCAACUAAAAAGUAUGGUGUUAAUAAGAAGGAAUUGUUCAAAGUUUGUAUGGCCAGACAAAUUUUGCUUACAAAGAGGAAUUCGUUUGUCUACAUUUUCAAAUUGGUUCAGCUUAUUCUAGUUGCUCUUACAACAAUGACAUUAUUUUUACGUACUGAGAUGCACCAGAACACAGUAGCAGAUGGUGGGAUUUAUAUGGGAGCUUUAUUCUAUACACUACUCGCAAUUAUGCUUAAUGGGUUUCCUGAGCUUCAUAUGACAGUCACUAGACUGCCUGUGUUUUUCAAGCAAAGGGACCAUCUGUUCUAUCCUGCUUGGGCAUACUCUUUACCCACAUGGAUGAUAAGGAUCCCUAUAACUUUUGUGGACGUUUCCAUCUGGGUGAUCAUAACUUACUACCCUAUAGGUUAUGAUCCGAGCAUUGAAAGGUUUUUCAAACAGUUCCUUCUACUGCUGUGUAUUAGCCAGAUGGCAAAUGGAUUGUUUCGAUUGAUAGGGGCACUAGGAAGGAACAUGACUAUUGCAAAUACAUUUGGAUUUGGUGCUUUACUUGUCAUUCUUGGUCUGGGUGGCUUUGUCAUAUCACAAGAGGAUAUGAAGAAAUGGUUGUUGUGGGGAUAUUGGCUCUCACCAUUCACAUAUGGACUGAAUGCCAUCGCUGUCAAUGAAUUUCUUGGAGAAAGUUGGAGACACGUUCCUGCCAACUCAACAGAAGCAUUAGGAGUUAUGGUUUUGAAGUAUCGAGGCAUAUUUCCGGAGGCACGCUUCUACUGGAUUGGAUUAGUAGCUUUGAUUGGAUUUAUUCUUCUGUUGAAUUUCCUUUUCACCUUGGCACUUCAGUAUCUUGAUCGUAAGUACCUAGGCAUAUUAAUUUCUGUCUACAGAUGGAUACUAUCAAUGCUAUGUUUUGACAAUUCUGACAAUUUCGUGGAUGCAGCACUUGAGAUGCCCCAAGCAGUACUAUCCAAUGAGGCAUCCUCCACAACAGAAGAUAGCAGAGUUGCAAGCAAUCCUACUAGGCAGCAUGGCAUGGUUCUUCCAUUUGAACCCCUUUCAAUUACUUUCGAGGAAAUCAGAUAUGCUGUUGAUUUGCCUAAGGAAAUGAAAGAUCAAAGCAAAACUGGGGAUCGGCUAGAACUUCUUAAGGGCGUGAGUGGUGCUUUUAGGCCUGGAGUUCUAACAGCUUUGAUGGGUGUUAGUGGCGCUGGAAAAACCACUCUCAUGGAUGUCUUGGCAGGAAGGAAGACAAGUGGAUAUAUUGAAGGUAGAAUCACCUUAUCUGGAUAUGCAAAAAGGCAAGAAACAUUUGCUCGCAUAUCAGGAUACUGUGAGCAAACAGAUAUACACUCCCCUCAUGUCACUGUUUACGAGUCUUUGGUUUAUUCUGCAUGGCUCCGGUUGCCCCGUGAGGUUGAUUCCCCAACCAGAAAGAUGUUUAUUGAGGAAGUCAUGGAGCUUGUAGAAAUGGCCUCAAUAAGUGACAGAUUUGUUGGAUUUCCAGGAGUGAAUGGUCUCUCAACUGAACAACGCAAAAGGCUAACAAUUGCAGUAGAGCUUGUUGCCAACCCCUCGAUAAUAUUUAUGGAUGAGCCGACCUCUGGCCUUGAUGCUAGGGCAGCAGCAAUUGUAAUGAGAACAGUGAGGAAUACAGUGGACACCGGGAGAACUGUAGUCUGUACCAUCCACCAACCAAGCAUUGAUAUAUUUGAUGCUUUUGAUGAGAUGUUGCUUUUGAAACGCGGGGGUGAAGAAAUAUAUGUUGGCCCUUUAGGCCACCAUUCUUCCCAGAUGAUCGAAUACUUUGAGGAGAUUUGUGGAGUUUCUAAAAUAAAGGAUGGUUACAAUCCGGCAACUUGGAUGUUGGAGGUUACUUCUCCAGCACAAGAAGCAUCUCUUGGGGUUGAUUUUGCAUACAUAUACAAAAACUCAGAAAUAUUUAGGAAAAAUAAGGCAUUGAUAAAAGAACUAAGUACUCCUGCACCAAAUUCAAAGGACUUGUACUUCCCAACACGAUAUUCACAGUCUUUCUUCACCCAGUGUCUAGCUUGCCUAUGGAAACAGCAUGUAUCGUAUUGGCGAAACCCUCAAUACACUGCGGUGAGACUUCUUUUCACAGCUACGAUGGCUGCACUACUUGGAUCAUUUUUCUGGGAUCUUGGUUCCAAAAGACAAAAGCAAAGAGAUCUCUUUAGCGCGCUGGGUUCUAUGUACGCUGCUGUUCUCUUUAUUGGUAUACAGAAUUCCUUAUCAGUGCAGCCAGUUGUACAUGUUGAGAGGUUGGUCUCUUACAGAGAAACGGCAGCUGGAAUGUACUCGGCUUUUCCAUUUGCCUUUGGACAGGCCGUCAUUGAGAUCCCAUACACUUUGAUCCAGACUAUCAUAUAUGGGGUUAUAGUAUACUCCAUGGUUGGAUUUGAUUGGACGGUCAGCAAGUUCUUUUUUUAUCUAUUGUUCAUGUACCUCACCUUCUUAUACUUCACCUUCCAUGGGAUGAUGAUUGUGUCAAUUACUCCGAGCAACACCAUGUCUGCUGUAGUUUCGUCCGCCUUCUACCCAUUAUGGAAUGUCAUUUCAGGAUUUCUCAUUCCCAAAACAAGAAUUCCAAUAUGGUGGAGAUGGUUCUAUUGGGUCAGCCCGACCUCUUGGAGCUUGUAUGGAUUGUUUUCUUCCCAGUUUGGCGGACUCAAAGACACCCUUGAUUCCGGUGAAACUGUAGAUCAUUUUAUAAGCACAUAUUUUGGAUAUAGGAAAGACUUUCUAGGUGUUGUUGUAGCUGUACUUAUUGGGUUUUCAGCGUUCUUUGUGUUCAUCUUUGCUUUUGCAAUCAAGAAACUAAACUUCCAAAAGAGAUGAACCAUCAUACAAGCAUGUAUCUGAAUAAUGAAAUA